CCAACAUAAACCGCCACGUGUCUCCCUGUAGCAACAUCACAUCCAGUUUCAUCAAAAAUCUCCAUUUUCGAUUCAGCUUCUCUUCUGCUGUGGUGUUCUUCCUCCUCUAUGGAUCAUCACAUAGAGGUGUUCCUGAAGAGGCUCUCCUACAUCGCCCUGGCCAUCGGGACCCUCACCUUCCUCUUCCUCAUCCUCGAAAUCCCCGACACCUGCGUCGCACCCGAUUCCCCCCCGAAGCCUCACCUCCGGUUCCCCAAGCACUCCUGCGACCACCAUCCCCGCCAGCACCUCCCCCUCCACAAGAAGAACAAGCGCCUCUGGUCCUCCGCCACCUGGCAGAACCAGGUCCGUUCAUUCUCCCACCUCUUCCACUCCUUCUACCAAAUCGGCCUCCUCCACAACCACUCCAAGGUCCUCUGCGUCUCCGCCGGCGCCGGCCACGAGGUCAUGGCCCUCUCCCACCUCGGCGUCGAUGACGUCACCGGCAUUGAGCUCCUGGACUCCCCGCCGCUCGUCAGCCGCGCCGAUCCCCACAACCUGCCGUUCUUCGAUGACGUGUUUGAUUUCGGGUUUAGUGCUAGGUUGGAACUGGCGUUGUUUCCGUCGAGGUUCGCGGCGGAGAUGGAGAGGACGGUGAGGCCCGGCGGGGUUUGCGCGGUGGCGGUGGAGGAAUGUGGGGAUGGGGAGGUCAAGGAGAUUGCGGGGUUGUUUAGGAAUUCGAGGUUUCUUGGCGCCAUGAAUGUAACGUUGACUGGGUUGAGAAUGACCAGGAUUAUAAUGAGAGUUAAGCAUUCACCUUGACAUUUUUGGUAACUCUUUCUUCUUCUUGUUUCGAUUUGUGUUUUCAUUUUUUGAGUUUUCUGUUUUUGUGUGUAAUUAUGGUGAUGAUGCAUAGUUUGGAUAGAGCAUAUAUAGAUGUAGACUUAGUUUAGAAUUGUUGUAAAAGAGCUUGGAUUUGUACUCUUGUAAUCUUCUUUUGUUAUUGAAAUGGAAAAAUUGAACUUCAGACCUUUUA